CUGCGGCCAGAGGCUGCGGGCAGACGCCGCGGCGGGAGCUGGGGGAGGCCGAGGGCGCGAGAUUAGAACCGAAGCAGCGCUGGCGAAGAACGGACAUGCUUGACACUUGUCUGCAGUUGCUUGUGUUGUGCUGCGUUGUUUACCCGAAAAGGAGAGACUUGAGACGGAGUUAUUUUCAUCCUUGAAUUCUUCUCGGGUUAUGAUAUAACUGUAAUAUUAAAGCAAAAACUGCGUAAGAGCACCUGGGAAACUGAGCAUGGUAGGAUCUUGAACAGAAGUAGCCGGUAUCAACGAAGAGAGGAAGGAAAGGAAUGGCAUCUCGAGAGAGGCUGUAUGAACUUUGGAUGCUUUACUGCAGUAAGAAAGAUCCAGCUUACCUGAAGCUCUGGUUGGAUAGUUUUGUUUCUAGCUAUGAACAGUUUCUGGAUGUGGACUUUGAGAAGCUGCCAACUAGGGUGGAUGACAUUCCUCCAGGAAUAUCACUGCUUCCGGAUAACAUUCUUCAGGUCCUCAGGCUUCAGCUGCUACAGUGUGUCCAGAAAAUGUCAGAUGGACUAGAAGAGCAGCAGCAGGCUCUGUCACUUUUACUUGUGAAAUUCUUUAUCAUCCUUUGCAGAAAUUUGGCUAAUGUGGAGGAGAUUGGGAUGUGUUCAUACAUUAACCAUGUUAUCACCAUGACUACGUUAUACAUUCAACAGUUAAAAACCAAAACAAAAGAAAAAGAAGUGGCAGAUCAGACCCCCAUGGAAGAAUUUGUGAGACAUGCAUUGGCUUUUUGUGAAAGUCUCUACGAUCCAUAUCGAAACUGGAGGCAGCGAAUUGCAGGACGUUUCCUUAGUACAGUUGAAAAGAGCAGACAGAAGUAUAAACCAGCUUCCCUCACUGUUGAGUUUGUCCCUUUCUUUUACCAAUGCUUUCAAGAAAGUGAACAUCUCAAGGAAAGCCUAAAAUGUUGCCUGCUACAUCUCUUUGGAGCUAUUGUGGCUGGUGGUCAGAGGAAUGCUCUUCUAGCAGUAUCUCCUGCCACCAUGGAAGUCUUGAUGCAUGUUUUAGCAGACUGUGACAACUGGGAUGACAGGAACCCUGAGGAAGUGAGCAGGAAGGCAGAGCUGACUCUGAAGUGCCUGACAGAAGUUGUCCAUAUCCUUCUAACCAGCAGUUCUGACCAGCGGCAAGUGGAGACGAGUACAAUAUUGGAGAACUAUUUCAAGUUGCUUAAUUCAGACCAUUCAGCUUUACCUAAUCCAAGGCGAUGCAGACAGUGGGAGAGCAGGUUCAUAGCACUACAGAUCCAAAUGCUGAAUACCAUCACAGCCAUGUUAGACUGCACAGAUAGGCCUGUUCUGCAGGCAAUUUUCCUUAACAGUAACUGCUUUGAGCAUCUCAUUCGACUGUUGCAGAACUGCAAGCUGUUUUUAAAUGCUAACAAUAAAGUGGCAGACAAGAGUGAGAAAGACCUUGCCAACAAAUUACUGACAGAAAUGAAUGAGGACCAGGUGUUUCAGGGACACCUAGACUGCUUGGCAGUAUCAACCAUUCAAGCCCUCACAGCAGUAAUGCACAAGUCUCCAGCUGCUAAGGAAGUCUUCAAGGAGAGAAUUGGUUAUGCACACAUAUAUGAGGUACUAAAAUCGCUGGGUCAACCCUCACGGGAAUUGCUGGAAGAACUCAUGAAUAUGGCUGUUGAAGGUGACCACAUGGCUGUUGGGAUACUAGGCAUUAGUAAUGUCCAGCCCUUACUGCUGCUUAUCCAGUGGCUUCCAGAACUAGAAUCACACGACCUGCAGAUUUUCAUCUCAAAUUGGUUGAGGCGAAUCUGUUGUAUUAACAGACAGAGUCGUGCCACUUGUGUCAAUGCGAACAUGGUUAUCCGUAUCAUUGAGACAUUAAAUUCCCAUUCCGCGCUCCAUUGUACUUGUGCAGAGAACCUGAUUGCCCUUCUGGGCUCUUUGGGGAGCCAGUCAAUGGGCUCAGAAGAACUGCUUCAACUAAUACGGCUCCUGAGGACUGACGAACCAAAACGAGCUCACCCUUACGUUGUUCCAGUGAUGCGAGCCAUUCUAGCAAUGGCCCGGAAGCAGGGCAUGGCUAGUGCCUUGCAGUAUUUCAACUUGUACCACAGCAUGGCCGGAAUUGCUGUUCCAUCAAUUCAUAAGUGGCCAGGUUCUGCAUUUUCUUUCAACGCUUGGCUCUGCCUUGACCAGGACCGGGUGGACCCUAGCACGACUAGCAAAAGUGGCAAGAGGAAGCAACUCUAUAGCUUUUUUACAGGAAGUGGUAUGGGUUUUGAAGCAUUUAUUACAUACUCUGGGGUAUUGGUGGUUGCAGUUUGCACGAAGAGGGAAUAUGCAACAGUCAUGCUGCCUGACCAUUGUUUUUUUGACUCUCUUUGGCACAACGUAACUAUUGUUCACGUGCCUGGAAAGAGGCCCUUUGGUCAGAGCCUUGUGUACAUCUACGUUAAUGGACAGCAGAAGGUCUCUGCCCCACUUCGAUUCCCUGCCAUGAAUGAAUCUUUUACUUCUUGCUGCAUUGGUUCAGCUGGUCAAAGAACAACAACUCCUCCUCCAUCUCAGAUACCAGAUCCACCUUUUUCCUCCCCUAUUAUGCCCCAUCGGACAUCACUUGGGGGCAUUCUCUCUACAGGAAGCUGGGGUGGGAUGCUUGGAAAACCAGAGCUCAUCACCAAGAUGAUCUCAGCAGGGACUCAGGACAGUGAAUGGGGAUGUCCGACAUCUUUGGAGGGCCAACUUGGAUCAGUUAUCAUCUUUCAUGAAGCACUGCAACCUCCUCAGGUGAAAGCAUUAUAUUUGGCAGGUCCAAAUUGUUUAACUCCAUGGAAGUCUCAAGAGGCUGAAGUAGCAGAUCUCCCCAGCAAGGUACUGCUUCAUUAUACACCAAAGGCCUGCAGAAACCCAAUUUGUCUUGACCUGUCUGCAAAUCUUUUACAUGGAAGACUAACUGGAAACAAAGUAGUGAACUGGGACAUCAAGGAUAUGAUCAACUGUAUUGGUGGAGUAAAUGUGCUGUUUCCAUUGCUGGAGCAGAUCAGUUUUCUUGGUGGACAGAUGCCUGAAAAGUCUGAAGGGGAAACUCUACCUCCAGAACUAGUUACUCCUGUAGAGGAAGACUGGGUGGUAUUGUCAUCCACAAAGGCAUCAGAAGCACGCCUGGAGAAGAACAUUGUUGCAACUUUUAUCUUGAUGAUAAAACACUUCAUUCAGAGACACCAUGUAAAUCAAGAAAAUCUCAUUCACUCCCAUGGAGUUGCCACACUAGGAGCCUUGUUACAGAAGGUGCCAAGCAACUUAAUGGAUGUGAAUGUACUGAUGGCUGUACAGUUGUUGAUAGAACAAGUCUCAGUAGAAAAGAACAUGCAGCUUUUGCAACAGAUGUAUCAACACUUACUUUUUGACUUCAGUAUCUGGAACAGUGGGGACUUCCCCUUCAGAAUUGGGCAUAUACAAUAUCUUUCUACAAUCAUCAAAGACAGCAGAAGACUCUUCAGAAAGAAAUAUGGUGUGCAGUUUCUUCUAGACACACUCAGGAUUUAUUAUGGGAGUGGCUGUAAAGACAGUGAUUUGGCUCCUGAUGACCUGAGAACAAUACGGACAUCCCUCUAUGGACUAAUCAAAUAUUUCCUGAGCAAAGGAGGAACACAUGAAGAAAUACAGAGCAUCGUAGGAUACAUAGCUGCCACCAGUGAAGAGGAGCAGCUCUGUGGAAUCCUGGAUGUUCUCUUCAGUCUACUUCAUUCCAGCCCAACCCCAGACCAGCUUUUUUUAUUGCUUUUUGAACCAGGGAAUGCUGAUAUUCUUUAUGCUCUGUUAUUGCAUCAAAGAUACUCUGACAGGCUUAGAGAACUUGUAUUCAAGAUUGUAGAAGAGAUGCUGAAAUGUACUAAAGUUUAUGAACGUAGUAAGCACCGUAUGAGACUCAGAGAAGUGGGAUACUCUGGACUGGGGCUCCUUCUGAAUGAAUCACCAGUUGCUGUUUCUCUUAUUAAAAACCUUCUUAACCAAGUUCUGUAUGCAGAUCCUGCUGUGAAUUAUAAAGAUCUCAUAGCUGUAGUGCAUCUGGCUCAUAGAUCAGAUAUAAACGUGAGAGUGGUUAUCUGUAGAAAGGUUUUGCACCUUUUGCAAUCCCACUUGGAUGCAGCACAACAGAUUUCUCAGCAGCUGGGCUGGCAGGACACUUUGAUUAGACUAUUCCUGAAAGAAAACUCAGAGGUCCGGAUUGGCUUUAAAGAGAACAGAGCUGAUUCCUCAAGGGAAGAGGAAAAAAAGCGUCCUGCUGAAGAGCUUCAGAAAUAUCAAACUGAUAAGACAGAGGGAGACAAAACUGUCAGCUUUGCAUCUGUUAAUGGUCUGUUUGAUCAGUGGAGUUUAGAAGACAACAAAUCCCUGGAUGUCCCUGCCCAUUUCUCUGUUAUGCCGCUGGAAGAUGCAUCCACAGCAGAGAUGUCUUUUAGGUCAGAGGACCGAGAAGAAUUGUGGCACAGUAAUCCUUCACAUUUGAGUUUAGAUCUCUCCAGUGUUGACUCUUAUGAAUUGGCUGACAUUGUGAAUCAGAUGACAGAUAGCCAGCCCAGCACACCGUCACCUAUAGAGAACACAAAACCAUUCUCUGGACAGCCUGACAAAGAGCUGGGCGUUAUAAAUGAUGUGGGCUUCACCGCUGAUCUUUCUUUAUUGGAAAACCAAGGAGGGGGUGAUAAUGAGCUCAUACAGUUACUUACAGACAUCUUACUGUGUAUAAUGUGGAAAGGCAUUGAAAAAUCUGAUGAUGAUGCUUGGAUUGAGAGAGGACAGGUGUUUUCUGCACUGACCAAACUGGGGAUAUCUAAUGAGUUGCUGCGACCUUCUGAUGAAAUAAAACUCAACUUACUGGAGAAGAUGUUAGAAUGGUCAGUUACUGAUAACAGAGAUUCAAAAGCUCUCCCUACACAUGCUGAAAAUGCCUUCAAGCUCUUGCUAAUUGUACAAGAUUUCCUGCAGGCAGAAGGACUAGUUAAUUCAAAUUUAUGGACAGAAAAGCUCUUGGAAGAGCUAGUGACUCUGAUGGAUAGCCUGUCAGUCUGGUACUCUGCUGGCCUAGAAGCAAUCAGGCUUUCACAGGUGCAAGUCCAGUUGCUCCUUGGAUUCAUUGCACAAGAUAACUUACAGGUCUGUGCUAUGGCAGCAGCCAAACUAAACACACUCCUUCAGACCAAAGUAAUUGAGAGCCAGCCUGAAGCAUGCUACCUCUUGGGGAAGCUGGAAGGCAUCUUGAGUAAAUCAAUUGAAGAGAAGACAGAAACUUACUCAUUUUUGAUUCCCCUUGUUCGGACAUUGGUAUCCAAGAUUUAUGAACUUCUCUUCAUGAACCUGCAUCUCCCUUCAUUGCCUCCCACCAAUGGCAGCCCAUCUUUCUUUGAGGACUUUCAAGAAUACUGCAGCUCUGAUGAGUGGCAAAUUUAUAUUGACAAAUAUAUUAUUCCAAAUAUGAAGCAAUAUGAAGAGAAUUCAUUCAGACAUGAUCAUGAGCAGAUGGCACUUUAUUGGAAAGAUUGUUAUGAAGCAUUUAUGGUGAACAUGCAUAGGCGAGACCGGGAGAGAGGAGAAAGUAAGCUUAAAUUUCAGGAGCAUUUUGUGGAACCAUUCAGCAGAAAGGCUCGGCAAGAAAAUCUGCGGUACAACAGUAUGCUAAAGCAACUUAAUAGUCAACACACAGCUACCCUGAGACAGUGGAAAGCAGCCCAGCUUUACUUGCUCUCUGAACGUGGUCCUUGGUCUGAAAUGAAACAGCAUCCUAUUCACUGGAAACUUUCAAAUGUGGAAAAUUUUUCACGUAUGAGACUAAAACUAGUGCAGAAUUACAACUUCAACUCUCAUCAGGAUGCUAGUGACCUGAGAGAUAAUUUAGGUGUGCACCAGACGCAGCCCUCUAGUGAGUCUCUGCUUCUGGAGGUGGUGAAGCAGGUGAAAGUGAGUGACUUGGAAGAUGAUGUUCUAGAACUACCAGAAGAAGACACAGCAGCCAGUUCCAACUUGGAUGAGAAGGAUGAGCAAAGCCAGAAAGAAAAGCUAAUAUUGUCUGAAGAUUGUGAACUUAUUACAGUAAUUGAUGUGAUACCUGGCAGGCUGGAGAUCACUACCCAGCACAUCUAUUUCUUUGAUGGCAGCAUUGAAAAAGAGGAAGGGGUAGGUUUUGAUUUCAAAUGGCACCUUUCUCAAAUUCGAGAGAUACAUUUGCGUCGGUACAACCUGAGGAGGUCAGCUUUGGAGAUCUUCCUUACAGAUCAAACCAACUAUUUCCUCAACUUCAAUAAGGAGGUACGAAACAAAGUAUAUAGUCGAAUAUUGUCACUGCGUUCUCCAAAUAUUUCUGGGACCAGAUCUCCACAGGAACUUUUUAAAGCUUCAGGUUUGAUGCAGAAAUGGGUGAACAGAGAAAUAUCCAACUUUGACUACCUUAUUCAGCUGAACACGAUGGCAGGACGAACUUACAAUGACCUUGCGCAAUAUCCUGUGUUCCCCUGGAUUUUACGAGAUUAUACUUCAGAAGAACUGGACCUGAAUAAUCCUGCAGUCUUUAGGGAUCUGUCCAAACCCAUAGGGGUAGUAAAUGAAAAGAAUGCUAAGGCUGUGAAAGAAAAAUAUGAGAAUUUCGAGGAUCCCCUUGGGAUAAUUGACAAAUUUCACUAUGGGACACAUUACUCAAAUGCUGCUGGUGUCAUGCAUUAUCUCAUUCGGGUAGAACCUUUCACAACACUUCAUAUCCAACUUCAAAGUGGCAGAUUCGACUGUGCUGACAGGCAGUUCCACUCUAUUCCUGCUACCUGGCAGGCACUCAUGGACAACCCCAAUGAUGUCAAGGAACUUAUUCCAGAGUUCUUCUACUUCCCAGAGUUCCUGGAGAAUCAAAAUGGUUUUAACUUAGGUCAGCUUCAAAUAUCCAAAGAGGUGGUAAAUGAUGUUGUUCUCCCCAAAUGGGCCCACUCCCCAGAAGACUUCAUUUAUAAACACAGGAGGGCUCUGGAAUCUGAGUAUGUUUCUGCUCAUCUUCAUGAAUGGAUAGAUUUGAUUUUUGGCUACAAGCAGAGGGGACCAGCUGCAGUGGAGGCGCUCAAUGUGUUCUAUUAUUGUACUUAUGAAGGGGCUGUGGAUUUGGAUGCUUUAACAGAUGAGAAAGAGAGGAAAGCUUUAGAAGGGAUGAUAAACAAUUUUGGACAAACUCCCUGUCAACUGUUAAAGGAGCCCCAUCCACAAAGGCUGUCAGCAGAAGAGGUAGUGCAAAGACUAACUAAAAGUGAUACCUCUACUCUGAAUCUCUUCCAACACCUCACUGAACUGAAGUCAUUCUUCAUAGAGGGAAUCAGUGACGGUGUGCCCAUCGUGAAAGCUGUUGUCCCCAGGAAUCAGUCACGUUCCUUUAUUUCUCAGGGAAGCCCAGAGAUCUUGGUAACGGCAAGUCUGAACUGCAUUAUUGGAACUCAUGGUUGGCUACCUUAUGAUAAAAAUAUCUCCAACUAUUUUACAUUCAUCAGAGAUACCACAGUGACAAAUCCCAAAACACAACGCAACAUGAGUGGUCCUUUUGCACCAGGGCUGGAGAUCACCUCUAAGUUGUUUGCAGUAUCCCAUGAUGCAAAACUGCUAUUUAGUGGAGGACACUGGGACAAUAGCAUCAGAGUGACAUCUCUUACAAAAGGCAAGCUGAUUGGACAGCACAUCAGGCACAUGGAUAUUGUGACCUGCUUGGCAAUGGACUACUGUGGAAUUCAUUUGAUUUCAGGCUCCAGAGAUACUACGUGUAUGAUAUGGCAAAUAGUUCAGCAGGGAGGAGUGCCUGUAGGCCUGGCACCUAAGCCGUUACAGAUCCUUUAUGGGCAUACUGAUGAAGUUUCGAGUGUUAGCAUCAGCACUGAACUGGAUAUGGCAGUGUCAGGAUCCAAGGAUGGGACCGUUAUUGUCCGCACUAUUCGGAAAGGUCAGUACGUGAGGACUUUGCGACCACCUUGUGAGAGUUCCCUCCUCCUGACUGUUCCAAAUUUGGCUGUGUCCUGGGAAGGCCAUAUAGUUGUCCACACCAGCAUAGAAGGAAAGACUACUCUUAAGGAUAAGAAUGCAUUACAUCUCUAUUCUGUCAAUGGAAAAUACCUGUGUUCUGAGACUCUGAAGGAGGAAGUGUCAGAUAUAUGUGUGACUGGCGAGUAUAUCGUGAUGGGCAGCUUACAGGGAUUUCUUUCCAUACGGGAUCUUUACAGCCUGAGUCUGAGCAUCUCCCCCUUAGCCAUGCGACUGCCAAUUCAUUGCAUUUCUGUCACCAAAGAGUAUAGCCACAUCCUUGUUGGCUUGGAGGACGGCAAGUUGAUUAUCGUUGGUGUUGGCAAGCCAGCAGAGAUGCGCUCAGGUCAGCUUUCCCGAAAGCUGUGGGGAUCAAGCAAACGGCUCAGCCAGAUUUCAUCAGGAGAGACUGAAUAUAACACUCAAGAUUCCAAGUGAUUGCUGCUUCUACCUUCUCUCAUGGAUUCCAGAAACAUGUUUAAUCUUUUGGUCACUUUAAAUGUAUAUCUCAACUUUCAGGGACUUGAUUCUUAAGUCUGUUGAAGAUGAACCUAUGGUAGAGGUAUAGUAACAAGCAUAUGUACUCAUGCAAGUUAGCUUGCUUGCAUAUUUUUCCUUAACUGUGUUGACUUCAUCACAGCAGAAUCCCUCUCUAAAUAGCUGCUAAAACUGUCUUUCAGAAAAAAAAAAAAAAAAAAAAAACAAC